GGUAGUCGGGGCAGUUUCCUCCGCCGGCGUGGGGAAGUCCCGGGCUCUCAGGCUUCUUGUUCGCGCCAUCUCGCCCUCGCCUCCAUCGCGCCGGAGCGGGGUCGCAGGCUCCAGUCCCUCCGGUCCCCGCAGCCGGCUUCUCGCCGCAGUGCGACUCUCAGGGCCAAAAUGAGUCUGUUUGGAACAACCUCGGGUUUUGGAACUAGUGGGACCAGCAUGUUCGGCAGCACAACCACAGAUAACCACAACCCGAUGAAGGACAUCGAAGUAACAUCUUCUCCUGAUGAUAGCAUUGCUUGUCUAUCUUUUAGUCCACCAACCUUGCCGGGGAACUUUCUUAUUGCAGGAUCGUGGGCUAACGACGUUCGCUGCUGGGAAGUCCAGGACAGUGGACAGACCAUCCCGAAAGCCCAGCAGAUGCACGCUGGGCCCGUGCUCGGGGUCUGCUGGAGCGAUGACGGGAGCAAAGUUUUCACGGCUUCGUGUGAUAAGACCGCCAAGAUGUGGGACCUGAACAGUAACCAGGCGAUCCAGGUCGCUCAGCACGAUGCUCCUGUUAAAACCAUACAUUGGAUCAAAGCCCCGAACUACAGCUGUGUGAUGACCGGGAGCUGGGAUAAGACUUUGAAGUUUUGGGACACGCGGUCAUCCAACCCCAUGAUGGUUUUGCAGCUCCCCGAGAGGUGUUACUGUGCCGACAUGAUCUACCCUAUGGCCGUGGUGGCCACUGCGGAGAGGGGGCUGAUUGUGUACCAGCUGGAGAACCAGCCCUCUGAGUUCAGGAGGAUAGAGUCUCCGCUGAAGCACCAGCACCGAUGUGUGGCCAUUUUCAAAGACAAGCAGAACAAGCCAACAGGGUUCGCCUUGGGAAGCAUCGAGGGCAGAGUGGCCAUCCACUACAUCAACCCCCCUAACCCUGCCAAAGAUAACUUUACUUUUAAAUGUCACCGAUCGAACGGAACCAACACUUCAGCUCCUCAGGACAUCUACGUGGUCAAUGGAAUCUCGUUCCACCCUGUUCAUGGCACCCUUGCCACUGUGGGAUCUGAUGGGAGAUUCAGCUUUUGGGACAAAGAUGCCAGAACAAAACUGAAAACGUCAGAACAGUUAGACCAGCCCAUAUCAGCUUGCUGCUUCAAUCACAACGGAAACAUAUUCGCCUACGCUUCCAGCUACGACUGGUCCAAGGGCCAUGAAUUUUAUAAUCCCCAAAAGAAAAAUUACAUUUUCCUGCGGAACGCAGCCGAAGAGCUAAAACCCAGGAACAAGAAGUAGUGGCAGAGACUUCUGUUGUCCGGCGUCGUUUUCUCUGCCCUCUGCCUGCGUGUAGGAAUCUGGGUCCCGGCUUCGGUGGGCUGUGAACCAUGGGUGUGGGUUUCAGCCCCUGGGGAAAACAAUGUCAAUGUUUCGCAGUUGGGCCCCGUGGGCUGCAGGGACCGUUGGUCUCUCCGUUCCACUGCCUGUCACAGGUGUCCUCUGACUCCGGGAUCGAGGUCAUUGUUGAAGUUAGGGUCAUGUGGGCCCCUCGUCUGCAGUGCUCAGUUCAGCAGUGUGUGUUCUAGAAACACUGGGAAACAUUUUAUGAACAUUGUACUGUACU